CGGAGGUCCGCAGCUGCGCUGGAGGCGCCGAGGAGGGCUUGAGGCUUGCCGGGGAACGUCUGGUCGGCUGGCCGAGAAGACUGAAGGGAUGGUUGAUGGAAGAUAGAUAGAUAGAUAGAUAGAUAGAUAGAUAGAUAGAUAGAUAGAUAGAUAGAUAGAUAGAUAGAUAGAUAGAUAGAUAGAUAGAUAGAUAGAUAGAUAGAUAGAUAGAUAGAUAGAGGCAACAGAUCUAUAAAAAGCCCUUCUCCAGGGAACCCUACCUUUCCAUUCUUCUCUGCAUACAUUCCAAGAUAUUGUGUGGGAUUGUGUGUGUGUGGGGGGGGAAACGGUCCUAUUUCCAGGAGGGACGAUUUGCGAAGAAAUGUCACACACACACACACACACACACACACACACAACCCGAUUUGACUAUAUAAAGAAUCCCUGGAUAUAUAAAAAUUGCUCAUAAUGGGGACUUACUUUCACGUUCUUCAAAAGAUGUAUAAUGAUAUAAUUGCUGGUGCUUUGUUAGCCCAAGAUAGUGACAGUUGUGCAGCUCUUCUAAAUCCUUCGGUUUUUUCAUCAGCCAAAAAUCAUGAAUUAUGUGCCUGUCGUUUUUUUUCUAAGUUGCAUGCUAAGAUCUCUUCUGGUCUAGACUCAAUAAACCACGAACAUGAUAUUUCUAAAAACUGUUGCCAUCUGAAUACACGGGAAAUUAUUCUGCUUCAGUUAACUUUGAUCAAGAUGAUGCAUGCCAAACUGCAACUGCAAGAGGUGGCUGCUGAAAUAAAGCAGAAAUACAUUGAGAUCCUGAGAAUUCUGGAAGAAUCGAACAUUGUCUCUGAAUUAAUUCCUCUGUUAGGUAGUUCAGAUCAACAGCUCUCUCACAUGGCUUCCAAAACUUUGGCCUCCCUUGUGCACUUUCAGCUAACAGAAGAUAAUUCAUUAAACAGUGCCUGGAUUGCUUUUUGUGUAGAGACUUUAUCAGGAUUUCCCAGUAAUAGUUCAAUAGCAGGAUGCCUCUGGACUUUGACUAGUCUAAUAAAAGAAAUGUUGAAUGAUGACAACACUCACAAAAGAGGUGACCUGAAGAAACUUCUAACUCCACUUGACAAUGUACUGGAGAAUUUUUACAGCUCCAUCCUUUCUUAUCAUUUAACUAUUCACCAUGUUCCACUAUCUACAAAAUCAACAAACAAUUUGAAUAGCUUUCUAGAUCUCUUUGAGCUGCUGGCAGCUGCCAGGAUUCAAAUACCACUCAACCUGGGAUGCCAGAGGAUAUUGUUUUUGAGCUCUUACGAUAUCUGCUGCCUUGCCGCAUCACCCGUUCACGGUUUCAUCAGAAAGAAAUCAAUCAUGUUGCUUAAAAACUGCAUCUUUCGCAAAGCUGGUGAAGACCUAAUCAAGACAAAAGUGCUCCCUUCCUCUGACUUGGACCCUCAUUUUGACAAUGAUCAAUUAGCAUUGGCCAAUACUGUACUGCUGCACUUUGUGAAUUCUGAUGGGCUGGGGGGGUUGUGUGUUAGUGGAAAUCUCAGCCAUUUUGAUGGCAGCACAGUUGAACCUCAAGUACAUGUGAAUAGUAACUUUGACGUCGUGGUCUUCCGAUCCUUAAGCUUGCUUCUGCUUAAAGCGUUAGAGACGAAGAUCCCGGAUUUUGCCUACAGAACUGAAUCGCAAGUUCAUUUGGAGAAUCUUAUGGGUCUACUCUUGACAGUCUUAAAAAGCCACCUGAAGACUUCUGCCAGUAUCUGCUUAUUUGAACACCCUUGUACGUGGAUUUCUCUGUUUGUAGAACAAGAUGAUGAGAUAGUAGAAGCUGCAAAGUCAUUAUUGGCAAUUUAUUUAAACUUUGAAAGGUUCCGCCACGAUGUUAAUUUUGCCCCGUGCCAUUUAGAUGACGGGAGCCAGGACAACUGGACACACCAAAACGGCUACAAUGCCCACUGUAUCUUCUUAUGUCUGUUAAGAAGCAUUGCAUUUGACGCCACGGUUCUUCUGGACUUCUUGAUUUCAUCUGAAACCUGUUUCUUGGAAUACUUUGUACAAUAUUUAAAACUUCUUGUGGAAGACUGGCACCAAUUUGUACAAGUUUCCAGGUGCUUUACGUUCACCGUUGGCAAAGAUCUCAGAAUUUGGGACGAGAAUUUGCCUUGCCAGCAAAAAUAUGUCCGCAAGUCAGAUCUCACCAUGCAGACCACUUCAUAUGAUACACAGACUUCUACAGAGGCCUUUUCAUCUUCCUCAUUCAAUUUGUCUACACUCCCUCAGAGAGGCGAUCAAACUGUGCAACCCAACAAGUCUGAUUUAGUAACAGCAUCGAGUCACCAACCUUUAUUGGGGGCUUUUCAGAAGCUGGUUGAUUAUGACAGCUCAGAAGAUUCUGAUGUAGAAUGUGUAAGAGAAGAAUCUUGGACAGACACAGGACAAGAAACUUUAAAUUAUCAAUCCUGUACAAAUAAAGCAACUCUUGAUGAUAGUGCAAAAUCCUCCAAGCAAGAUGUGCUAUCUUUAACUGAGCAGGAACUGAAUAUUUCAACAUCCUGUUGCAGCAAACUGUCCCCCCAAAAAUGUAAAUUAGCAGGUGAAACUUUCCAGAAAGCGACUACAUGCUUCCAACAAUUGCAAAAGUCAGUUGCUAGGCUACAUGCAAAAAGUCUCUUUCCAUACAAUCCAAAUGCUCUCUUGAAGCUCUUAAAUCAAGUUAAUAUAAUUAGUAAAGAUCAUCGAGCUGUUUCACACUAGUCAGAAUCUACAGAAAUAAAGUGUUUCAGGUUAAACCCAUAUAUUUGUUAGCAUUUGAAAGGAUGUUCCAGAAAAUUAAUAUGCAUUGAAAUAUGUGGGCCAAAUGCAUUCUUUGGGAUUGAAGUAUAUGUUGUUUAUGAAUUGUCUGCUUGGUUAAAAACACUGUAGUUUCUAAUCCCUUAAUACGUUUAAUUCCAAAAGGGAGUUGCAAUUUUGUCUGUGCUGUGUUUGAAUUUUCCCUCAGAGUUUUUUUUUUUUAAGGCAGUAAAUUCUGAAUUUUAUUUUUGGCACCUUGCUCUGUCUGAGGUAAUUUUGAUAUGAAGGAUGUAUGUCCUUAGAGAUAAUUAAUUCCUGCUUUUAAAAAGAGGAUAGAAUAGGUCUGUGUUUCCAAUUGUAUCAUAAUUAAAUAACUUAAAGCUUUAUGAAUUGGGAAAAAGGGGGCUAAAGGGCAAAAGAUUUGACUUUGCAGCUAGAACAAUUAACCAGUGGAACUACUUGCCUCCAGAAGUUGUGAAUGCUCCAACACUGGAAGCUUUUGAGAAGAGAUUGGACAACCAGUUGUCUGAAAUGGCAUAGGGCUUCCUGCCUGAGCAGGGGGUUGGACUAGAAGAUCUCCAAGCUCCCUUCCAAUUCUGUUAUUCUGUCUUUACAUUGUAUGUUUUGUUAUAACCUUCCACGUUGCAAAUUAAUUUAAUUUCUUAAGAAAAAUCCAUCUUGAAGGCCAUUGUGAGACAUCUUGCUCAUUUCUUUGAAUAAAGUAUCCAGUUGAUUUUAAUAAAGCUGAAAAUACUUUCUAGGGCUAUUGCUUUAAUUCUAGCCUCUAAGCCAGAAUGGGCAUGAGUGGUAGGACUGAAAAGUCAGAGGUUGGAGUAGAAGAUCCCUUUUUCAAUCCCUUAUAAUUCUAUGAUUUUAUGAUUCGUUCAUUCCUUAUAAGAAUCUGGUCUUUCUAACACUAUAAAUAAAGACCGAAAGCCUUAUUGGUUUAAGACUAGAUGAUAUUAGAAUGAUUUGAGCAUGGUAUUGCAAAAUUGACUACAUGUUUUCAAUGUAUUUGUGAAAUCAGUCUGUCUUUUCAAUUCAAUGUUCACGUGUUAAAAUAUAAAGUAUUUCUGGCAUCAAA